AUGGCCAUUGUCCUCUUCUCCAUGGGAGGCAAGGCCUUCUCUUUUGGGAAACCUAAUGUUGACUCGGUUGUAGACCGCUUUCUGAACCAAAAUGCACAGCCAAGUGAAGGCGUCUCCUGCCAUGCCUCGCGGCACGAUGAUGCCACUGUGCACCAACUCAACCAACAAUUCCAUGAGCUGAGCAAGCGAUUGAAAGUCGAGAAAAAGAAAGAGAAAAUUGUUCAAAACAUGAGUAACAAAAACUAUGGCUUGCUAAGUUGUAGGUUUGAUGCAUAUGUUAAUCAGCUUGACUUGCAACAGCUUGAACAGUUAAAAAGGUCUAUGGUGGAGCUUAACAAAAACGUGGCUCAGAGAGUUGAUGAAUUGAAUUCGAAGGGUUCUUCCAAGCAUGCACAAGAAGAAGAGCAAGUGGAAAACACUGAAAUAAAUGACAAUGAUGUUUCUACUAUUCCCCAUGAUUGGUUAAGGUGUCGUUUGUGA